CGACGCCUCUUUCUCUUCCCUCCCUCUCUCUCUCCAAUCAUUCGUGUCUCUCUCCUCUUUUUAUCUUUUUUACAUUCUUGAAUUAUUCCCCGAUUCGAUCGAACCCACCCCGAUCUCUCCUCUUUACAUUUCCAAUAAACCCACCGCUCUCUCUCUCUCUCUCUCUUUCUCUCUCUUUUUUUUCCGAUCUAAAAAUCUAUCUUCGGAAGAACAACGACGUGGAACAGCAAAGUGAAAUCGGCAGCGUUCGGUUAGAGAGGAACGCAAACAUGUCGAGCGAACCGAAAGAACAAGAACCAAACCCUAACGGUAACGAUAAUGAUAAUUUGAACAAUGAAAGUGAACAUGUAGAAAGAGAAGAAGAAGAAGAAGAAGAAGAAGAGGAUACACGUCAGUCAUCGACCAGAACUCCUUUCACUAAUCUCAGUCAGGUCGAUGCUGACCUGGCUCUUGCUCGAACCCUACAAGAACAGGAAAGGGCAUAUAUGAUGCUCAGGAUGAACAAUGAUGGGAGUGAUUAUGGAAGUUGGGAGGCUGGAAGCUAUUUACAUGAUGACGAUGAUGAUUUCGGGGAUCCCCAUGAUCAUGAUGAUACUGAUGGGGAUGAGGAAGAGGAUGAGGAGGAAUAUGAUGGCACUGCUGCUGAUGAUGAUGUGGAUGCGUUUGAUGUGCAUGCUCAUGCUGAGAAUGGGGAGGAGGAUUACAACCCUAAUGUUGAAUUCAACCCGGCUGUUUUUUCAAGUGAUGAGGCGUAUGCUAGAGCGCUUCAGGAUGCUGAAGAAAGAGAAAUGGCUGCUAGAUUGUUGGCCUUAGCUGGGUUAAAUGAUAGAGGAAUUGUUACCUUAGAGGAUCAUGGUGGUAACUCUCAGGAUACAUGGGAGGAAGUUGAUCCUGAUGAGCUUUCAUAUGAGGAACUCCUUGCACUUGGUGAAGUAGUUGGAACUGAGAGCAGAGGGCUUUCGGCUGAUUCAAUUGCCUCCUUGCCUUCAGUAACAUACAAGGCAGGAAGCAGUCAGACUGGAAGCAAUGAUUCGUGUGUCAUAUGCCGUGUAGACUAUGAGGAUGGUGACUCCUUGACAGUGCUUUCUUGCAAGCAUUCAUAUCAUCCUGAGUGCAUAAAUAAUUGGUUGAAAAUAAACAAGGUCUGUCCUGUUUGUAGUGCUGAGGUCUCUACCUCGGGAUAGAGAUAGUAUUUUUGGACAAUCUUCUUCCUCAAGCCACAAGGCACCUGCUUGUUUUAAUACGCAGAAAUGCACCAUGUCUUUAUGGGAAAAGACUUGUAUCACCAAAUCUUCCUGCCUGUAUCCAUUCUCUGUUAAACCCUUUGGAAUUAAUUUUAGUGUCUGUCUUAUGGUCACUGGCCGGGCUUUUUAGAGAAA